CGCCGCCGAGAGCAUGGGCGAUGGUGGGCAACUCCAUCGUCGCAACAGCCAUGACCGAGCCGAAUGGCUGAUGAGAAAUCGAGAUACUCAGUCAAGUGGAUCUCUUCAAGCCGACGAGCUCGAUAAGGAGCGAUCCGCCUCGAGGACAUCUCAACCUAAAAGCUAGAAGAGGCAAGAGCGCAAGAGCUUGCAGCCUUUACGACCGAUCGUCCUUUUCAUAAGAUCGUAGCUACAUAGCCUCUCAGCUGGAAACCUCAAAGCUCGACGGGGACCGUUCGAAUCUCUACUUGACGACUACCUGCUGGAACAAGCUUGGACCCGUCAGCAGAAUCCUCCCAAGGAUGACCAUGUCUACAAGAGUGACCUUGCUCGCCCCUCUCUUCCUCCUGUACACCACCCAUCUCGUCGAACCCGUCCUCUCCCAGUCGACGACCCCCAACGGCUGUCUCCGUCUCUCUGGCUCAACAGCCUGUCCAGGAUUCUCCACCGCAUGGGUUCACCCUCAAAACCUCUCCAACGCUUUCCCCUUCUUCAGCUCGGUCGAUUCGGUGGCAUCCUUUGAUGCCGGUGUGUUUCGGUACCUCAGCGAUCCGGAUCAGUACCGACAGACCAAGUUUGUCGAACAGCUCGGAUGUACGAACAGUAGUUUGACGAUGUUGAGGUAUGCCAGGACGAUGUUGUGUUCGUCUUGGGUGAACUCGAGGUGGUCGAUCGAGUGUUUCGAUCUGUACGACGAAUCCAAUGCAGCUACGGGACCCAAGAUGAUCUGCCAAGACUCUUGUAUCGCCAUGUCAAAGGACGAACAACGGAUCGUCGAGAAUCAGCAGUACUGUCCUGGGCCCGAUUUGACGGGUGGGGCGAGGGAUAGGAACAUCACCAAAGACUUCGUCCAAUGUACUAACUGGACAACCCUGGCGACGAACAAUACCGACACUUGCGUUGCCGGAGACACCAACGAGGGCAACUGCGGGUACGGACCGUCUACCGACCAGCUGUGUGCUUUCUGCAAUUCGACGGCCCCCGAGAAUUGCUGUUAUUCAAACAACACGGACUUGACCAACUGCCUCUACUCCUUGGCGGACUUGCCACCACAACCAAACGCUAGUCAGGGUAAUGAAGGGAGUUCGGGGAGUACAGCGGGUGGUGGACUGAGCGGAGGACAGAUCGCUGGGAUUGUCGUGGGCAGCGUCAUCGGCGGCUUACUCGUCCUGGGUAUGUUGCUCUGGCUCUUGGCUUUCUGUGGGGUUCUUUCGAUUUGCGGUUACGGUCGACGCAAACAUCAACGACAUCCGGAAUCCCGGGCGCUCAAACACAGCUCAGCUUCGACUGAAGCCCAUCCGGCUUCCGAGUUUCACAACGCUGCCUUGCUUGGUCAUCAUCCCGGUGAGGUCUCUCCUUCGCCGGAUGGCAGUAUGAUGACCCCGCAGAUGAGUCAAUUGGGAAGAUCUGGGACGGGUGCGAUGUCCUCAAGGACCAUGCUUGGCGGAGCAUCGACAUUGUCUGCUGCAGAUAAGGCUGGGGCGAUGGGUCUUGCCGCUCCGAUCGCUCUGGGUCAACCUGUCGGUACGGGAGCGCCACCAGACAAGCAAAGAGCGUUGUUGAGCAGCGUGAGAGAUGAAAACCAGAGUGGUGAACACCUGAUCCUGCCAAAUUCGACAGUGACGGUGCUAUGGCCCUACACGGCCGCUUUGCCAGACGAACUCUCGUUACAACCCGGCAUGAAAUUGGUCGUCCUACGCAUAUACGACGAUGCAUGGGGCACGGGACAGAUAGUCUCUGGGAACCAUGGCGAUGCGGGCAAGCAAGGAGCGUUCCCUCUUGUCUGUGUGACCGAAAACAAUACCGCCUCAGAAUACUCGGCUUCGGUUGGACCGGGUGGCAACGAGAGCGUGAGCGGUAGAUCGAGGGUAUGAUGGGAAAAGAUUACAGCGAACAUAUGCGAAGCAAACUAUAAUGGGACCCCUCUCUAGCGUUCCGGAUACUGUAAAAAAGGCCAACAGCCUACCCAGAUCCCCUGUAGCAAGAAGACGAAGACCGUCGAUGAGAUGAAACGAUAC